AUCAUUAAAUACAACAUAUGAAACUUGACAUGCAUUAAGAGGGAGAGAGAGAGAGAAAUAAUGAGCAUCUGAUGUUUUAUGCUUGUAUCUCCACAAUUUCAGGUUUCGACAAUCAUCCUUCCGGAAAGUUGCAAUUAGUAGACGUAAAUGGACCCUGUUCACCACUAGAGACAACUCCCAGCCUGGAGGAAAUCCUCCACCAAGACCAACUCCGAGUUCGCUCUAUUCAUUCCAUGAUCAACAAACAUGUCCGAGAUUCCAAGGCUAAAAUUCCAACCAGGUUCGGUCUCCCUUUCAAAACCAAAAACUACGUUGUCAACAUUGGAGUUGGCACACCAAACCAAAAUCUAUGGGUGACGAUGGACACCGGAAGCAGCUUGAGUUGGAUCCUCUGCAAAACAUGUCCUAACUGUAGGGGACUCCCCUUCUCCCCUUCCCAAUCUUCCUCUUAUUCCAAUAUUGCUUGUGGGUCAGCAGACUGUUCCCAAGCCUACAGCGCCACACACCACUCUCCUGCAUGCAGAGACGCUUGUAUUUACCAAACUCAGUAUGCAGACAGUGACUACUCUGUCGGCUUCUUCGCACGGGAAACACUCAGACUAACGCCCUCAGAUGUCUUCCCUGGCUUCAAGUUAGGGUGUGGCCACGAUGUUAAAUUACGAGAUUCCACAUCUGGGAUUCUGGGUUUAGGCUCUCACCCUGCAUCUCUGGUGUAUCAGACUGCUACUAAAUUUGGAAAAGUUUUCUCCUACUGUCUGCCAAGCUCCACAAACUCAAAUGGGUUCUUAGCAUUUGGCAACCAAACAGGUUCCACCUCCCCAGCUGUGAGGUACAUACGAUUGAUAUUAAACCCACAGAAUCCAGACCUGUACUACGUGCCAUUAAAUGGAAUAAGCUUGAACGGGCGAAGACUGGCCAUUCCAGCUUCAACAUUCUCAGCUCAUGGAACCGUUAUAGACUCGGGCACAAUCGUCAGUUACCUACCACCUUCAGCCUACAUAAUCCUUCGGAAUGCGUUUCGAGCAGCAAUGUCAGGCUACCCAUCUGCAACACCACCACGAGGAGGAGUUUAUGAUACAUGCUAUGACUUGAGUAGGAACAGGACAGUGACAAUACCAUCCAUAAAGCUGAAUUUUGGAGGAGGUAUUGACCUCCUGUUGGACCAAUAUUCAGGAGUUAUUACUAAUGUAGGGUCAUACAAGUUUUGCUUGGCUUUCAGUGCGAACGAUGAUGAAGAAGAAACAACAAUCAUCGGCAGUAUUCAACAGAAGACAUAUGAGGUGAUUUAUGAUGUGCCUCGAGGAAGGUUAGGGUUUCGCAGUGUUGGGGCAACUUGCAACUGA